AAGCCAGCAGACCCUGCGGCUCUCCAGGACCUGGGUUGGCCACCCCUGCUAUAUAGGAAUUCCAAUUCUUCCAUUUGUGAAAUUCAUCACUGAAUCAUGUAUAAAGUCUGCAGCUUUCAGUGGAUUUAGGCCUUAAAUGGAGGGAUCUCUGUCUUGUCACGUUAGUCAUUAAAUGGUGGGGUCUUAAACUGAAACUUUAUUUUCCGGGAAGGGCUGGCAAUAUAAUAUAGACUCUGCUUCCUCUCGUUGCACGUAGUAGCUAAGUGAAAACUUAUCUGAAGUAUGCCCUGUACUCUAGUACAAAUCUGAACACUGGCCUUUUGAUGUAAGUUAGGAAAUACCAAUGUCAAGAACUACCUUCGGGCCAAGAUCAGUAAAAUUAAUGCAAGCGCCAUAGAACCUUAAUGCCCCUUCGAGAUGCCAUUGGAACGUGGGUCACGCUUCAAGACUUACAUAGGCUAUCUGUCCACUUGCUUCCCAUUUCUCAAGUUAUAAUAGUAUUUUGUCUGUUUUUGCUUUUAUUCACGUAUGUGCAUAUUUAUUCAGUAUUCGUAAAUGUGAAGGCUAGAUGAUUAACCACGGUUGCUUUGUUUUCCUCUGAAUUAUUCAUGAUCAUCCGACGAUAUAGUAGCGCAGGGUAGGUAAAAGCUUACUCUACUUACUGGAGGCGUCGACGAGCACAACGGCUUUGCGGGGGCAACCCACCUCACCACCGCAAGAGCAUCAUAACCAUGCAGAGUUACGGUAAUGUUUUUCGUCUCUGGUUAUAACGGAACGAAAUUUAUUUGGGCAUUUAUUUAUUUAUUUUUUCAUAUACUGUCGUAUUAAACGAAACAUCAGAUUGAUCUACAAUAGCUUCUCAAGAAUCUCCUCAAGAAUGUGGAACGAUUCCGAGCCACUGACUGGAUGCGAUAUGGGACGCAGCCUUAACAUUUCCCUCACUACAAUCUACACAUUGAUGUGUUUGAUCGGGACUACGUUAAACGUUCUGGUGAUUUACCUGGUCUUGUCAUUUAAGAAACUCAGGACUUGCAGCAAUGCCUUCAUUGUGAACGGCUGCGUUGCUGAUCUUUUGAUGUGCGCGUUUUGGAUGCCUCACGAGGCUGUGUUUAUCUCCACUGGAGCACCUUCCGCGGUUGGGUACCACGCUUUUAAAGAAGCUGUUCUGUUUCUUGGAAUCACAGUCUCUCUUCUCUCCCACUCCCUCAUUGCAGUGAACAGAUACGUCUUAAUUACGAAGGUUCCUGCAACAUACAUGUCGCUGUAUCAAAAACGACACACAGAGUGGAUGAUAUGUGCGUCGUGGCUUAUAUCGCUCGGAUGUCUGCUGCCAUGGCUCUCAGCUCCUCUUUACCAAAAAGAAAGAUGCUUAGAUCUACAGGUUGCAACAUCCUUCACAAGAAGAUCCGUUCUGUCAAACCCUUUUGCGGCUGGUACCUUAGCACUCACCAUUUUUGCCCAUACUGUGGUUGUUUUGUAUUGCUAUUUCAAAAUAUUUCGCAGAGUGCAGAUCAGCGUGAAAAGAGUUAGCAUAUUAAAUUUUCAAAUCGUGAACAAUCUCCCCUACUCUUUUCCGAGGAAGGACAAGCGCCUUGGGUUUUACGUAUUGGCUGUGUGUUGCAUCUUUCUUCUCACUACCGAACCGCUCUUCUGGGUUUUAUUUGUGGGUCUUUUAAAAACACUGCCUGCAGCAGUUCGGACAGCCACAUGGAUGGUCUUCUGCACUCUCUUCGUAUUGAAUCCGUUUCUCUACACUUGGAAGAACGAAGAAUUUAGGAAGUCUUUCAGAUCGGUUGUAAGAGGAGAAUUAUGGAGAGGGUCGACGGUUGGUGUUGAGCCUGUCAUGAUCAAUACUAUCUCUCACCUCUUACCGAGACAGAACAGCAGAAGAACAUUCCUUGGCGAAGUGAAUUAAACUGUGACUUCCUCACCAGUGAAAUAUGUAUGUGUAAUAGGCCUGUACACCUGGUUUUAAGAACCUGUAAACCCUGAAUUCGUCGAUACGAGCUACGUUAAUUAAUUAAAUUAUUUAAUGAAUUAAUUAAACCUGUAAGCCUACUUUUAAAAUCAGUUUUCACUAAAAAAACAAGGUGUUCAAGCAAAAUAAAAGUUGAAAUAAGUUGAAACUGACAGAGUUGAGAUCAAGUGUGUUAUAGCUGAAGGUUGACUUAAUUGGUUGUAACACGUAGUCUACUUGUUAACUAAAUAUAUUGCGGUUGUCCACAGAUUGUUCUAUCUCACUAUUGGGAGAAAUUGUGCAUAGCCCUGGCGAUUUCUUUAGAAAUGUAUUAGACACCCGUGAAAAUGACGUGUCUUGCAUACUAUUUAUUGUAGGUAGUGCUGUAAUGUAAAAUGAGAACAUGAAUAAGAAAAAAUAUCCUAUUAUAUAAUAAAUAAGCCCAUAAUGCAAAUAUUCUUUUUAGCUCUUGAAUGUAUUUGUUUCUUUUUGGUGACAC